CGCAAGGUCAGAAAUGGAUAUUGUUUUGUUUUUAAACGUUUUGUUUUAAGACAUUAUGAUGUCACCGCUUGUAUAUAUCCAUGAGUAACUAAACCCGCUUUACCCAAUGCAUACAACAUGUUGACUGCAAGGAAGGCAUGCGUGUCUUUGACAGCCAGACGACUUCUGGGGGCAUCUGUAUCUUCGACCCUUGACCCCCAGCGUCACCCUAGAGCGCUCCGUACCGCCGCCCCACACAGAGAUGAAGUGAAGCUCCACGAGGGCUGGGCUGCCCUGGCCAAGAAGCAGCUGAAAGGGAAAAACCCUGAGGAUCUGAUCUGGAGGACCCCAGAAGGCAUCUCUAUUAAACCUGUAUACACUCAGACAGACACCGCCGCGGUCCAAGAUGAGCUGCCGGGAGUCUUCCCAUUCACCCGAGGGCCUUACCCCACCAUGUACACCUACAGACCCUGGACCAUCAGGCAAUAUGCUGGAUUCAGCACUGUAGAGGAAAGCAACAAGUUUUACAGGGAUAAUAUCAAAGCGGGCCAGCAGGGCCUUUCUGUAGCUUUUGACCUUGCGACACACAGAGGUUAUGACUCUGACAAUCCCAGAGUUCAUGGGGAUGUGGGAAUGGCAGGGGUAGCUAUUGACACCGUAGAAGACACCAAACUGCUGUUCGACGGCAUCCCGCUGGAGAAGAUGUCGGUAUCCAUGACAAUGAACGGAGCCGUCAUUCCCAUUCUAGCCAUGUUCAUCGUGACCGGAGAAGAGCAAGGAGUGCCCAAGGAGAAGCUGACCGGCACCAUCCAGAACGACAUCCUCAAAGAGUUCAUGGUGCGAAACACCUACAUCUUCCCUCCAGAGCCGUCAAUGCACGCCAUCGCUGAUAUCUUCGCCUACACCUCAAAGAAUAUGCCCAAGUUUAAUUCUAUUUCCAUCAGUGGAUACCACAUACAGGAAGCUGGAGCUGAUGCCAUCCUGGAGUUGGCUUACACUAUUGCCAACGGACUGGAGUACUGCAGAACUGGACUGAAGGCUGGACUCACCAUCGAUGAGUUCGCUCCCAGAUUGUCAUUCUUCUGGGGGAUCGGCAUGAACUUUUAUAUGGAAAUAGCAAAGCUGAGGGCAGCGCGGCGAUUGUGGGCGACACUUAUCAAAGAGAAGUUCCAACCCAAGAACUCCAAAUCCCUCCUGCUGAGAACUCACUGUCAGACAUCAGGAUGGUCCCUCACUGAGCAGGACCCUUACAACAAUGUGAUCCGUACCGUGAUUGAGGCCAUGGCUGCAGUGUUUGGAGGCACACAGUCUCUGCACACAAACUCUUUUGACGAGGCUCUGGGUCUGCCCACCGUCAAGAGCGCCCGCAUCGCCCGCAAUACACAGAUCAUCAUCCAGGAGGAGUCGGGCAUCCCGAAGGUGGCUGACCCCUGGGGUGGGUCCUACAUGAUGGAGGCCCUCACCAAUGACGUGUACAACUCAGCACUCAAGUUCAUCACUGAGAUUGAGGACAUGGGCGGUAUGGCUCGUGCUGUAGCUGAGGGAAUUCCCAAACUGCGCAUCGAGGAAUGUGCCGCCCGCAGACAAGCGCGCAUUGAUUCAGGCUCCGAGGUCAUCGUGGGGGUCAACAAGUACCGCCUGGAGAAAGAAGAAACUGUGGACGUGCUCUCCAUCGACAACACUGCUGUGCGUAACAAGCAGAUUGAAAAGCUGUGCAAGGUCAGAGAAAGCAGGGAUGCAGAGGCGGCGAAGAGGUGCUUGGCUGCGAUUGAACAGUGUGCACGUACCAGAGAUGGAAAUCUACUGGAGCUCGCCGUGGAGGCCGCGAGAGCCCGGUGUUCGGUGGGGGAGAUCACAGAUGCCAUGAAAUCUGUUUUUGGGGAGCACAAGGCCAGCACGCGCAUGGUGAGCGGAGCGUACCGCAGUGAAUUCGGCGAGCAUGAGGAGAUAGCGCUGGCGCACAACAGAGUCAUACAGUUCAAAAAGCAUGAAGGCAGAAAUCCCCGUCUGCUCGUGGCCAAAAUGGGACAGGACGGUCAUGAUAGAGGGGCAAAGGUCAUCGCCACUGGAUUUGCAGACCUUGGGUUUGAUGUGGACGUCGGCCCGCUUUUUCAGACCCCGCUGGAGGUCGCCCAGCAGGCCGUGGAUGCAGACGUACAUUGCGUGGGUGUCAGCACACUGGCAGCUGGACACAAGACCCUCGUGCCCGAACUCAUCAAAGAGCUGCGUAACCUCAACCGACCCGAUAUCAUGGUGAUCUGCGGAGGGGUCAUACCGCCACAGGUAACAACUGCCUCCUGA